AUGAGGAAGAUGACUUCAACUGAUACCUUGAUUGAAGUUGAUCUUAAUAAAUGUGAUCCAUGGGAUAUUCCAGAAACGGCUCGAGUGGGAAGCAACGAAUGGCAUUUUUUAAGUCAAAGAGAUCGAAAAUAUGCAACGGGAUUGCGGACGAAUAGAGCAACACCCUCGGGGUACUGGAAGACUACUGGGAAAGAUAGGGCUGUCCUUAGCAAGUGCACCAUUGUUGGGAUGAGGAAAACCUUGGUGUUCUUCCAAGGUAGGGUUCCCAAAGCAACUAAAACUGAUUGGAUCAUGCAUGAAUCUAGUCUUCAAGGAACUUCCCUCCCCAAGCUUUCCACUUUCAAGGAAGGUUUGCUUUUAUGUCGAGUGUUCCACAAAAACGAAGAGAUUAGUGCAACACACAGGGGCAUGGGAGGAUGUUAUGAUGAGCCAGGCUCCUCAUCACCUCUUCCACCAUUGAUAGGUUCUAACAUCACUUUACAUCAAGAGCAACCAAAUUCAGAUGAGCGGCAACUGCACUGCUUCUGCAAUUUGUCCCGAAACCAAACCAACCCGAUUCUCACUGGCAUCGAACUGGACAUCCCGGCCGAAACAGAAUUGGGCGUCGGACAAACACCCAUCAUUGUUGCUUGCUUGGACUCCUCCCUUUGUGACAAAAAGGUGAUCAAACCUGUGCUGAAUCAUCUGACCAAGCUGGAUACUUAA